AUGCACUCGAUCUCGGCGACCGAUGUUGAGGCAGUGAACCGCGUGCUGGGGCAUUUACGCCACCACCCUGAUGAACUCCACCGCGACGAAUUUGACGAGCUUCGGGCGUACUUAAAAUCGCUGGGCGCCACUCUGCCACCGCCGCCGCCGCCGCCAGAAAAGACAGAGGAGAAUGAGCCGGCAGACCUUGCCAGCGAGCCGGACGAGGAGCGGUGGGAAUUGGAGGACGUGCCAGACGACGGCAUUCCCGCAGCUGUGGCAGCCGACGCGACCCCGGAGGACGAAGAGAAUGCCGCCGCGCUGAAGGCGGAGGCUGCAGAGCGUGCCGGCGAGGGAAAGAUUGACGCAGCUGUCGAGCUCAUGACGCAGGCGCUGCGAAUGGUGCCGGGAAAGGCCAUGUACUGGUCCCAGCGCGCAAGCUACCUGCUCGACUGCGCACGCCCCGGCGCCGCGUUUCACGACGCCAACCGCGCUCUCAGCAUCAACCCGCAGAACGUCCGUGCGCUGCGUGUCCGUGGCACCGUCAAUCGUCACCUUGGCAAUUGGGAGGAUGCGCUAAAAGAUCUCAGCGAGGCGCAAACCAUUGACUACGAUGAAAAGACUGAUGCCCUUCUUCGGCUUGCGCAAGAGAAAUCCAACGCCCGCCGCCAGAAGCGGCGCCAGAGGGAAGAGGAGGAGCAACGGCAGCGGCAGGAGGCGCUCCGCCGUCAACGUGAACAGGAGCUACGCGAGGAAGAGGAAGAGCGUCAAAGGGAGGAGAAGCAGCACGGUGGAUUCCCUGGUGGAUUCCCGAGCGGCGGCAUGCCUACUGGUGGAUUCCCGGGCGGCGGCAUGCCUGCUGGUGGAUUCCCGAGCGGCGGCAUGCCUGCUGGUGGAUUCCCGAGCGGCGGCAUGCCUGCUGGUGGAUUCCCCGGCGGCGCCGUGCCACCCGGCAUGGAGGAACUAUUCAGGGACCCGGAGCUGAUGGCGGCCAUGCAGGACCCAGAGGUGGCCUCCAAAUUUGCCACGCUCAUGCAGAAUCCUAUGGCGGCCAUGCAGAUGAUGGGAGAUCCAAAGGUCGGCCCGCUCCUCCAAAAGUUUAUGUCCAAGGCAAUGGGAGGCGGCGUUCCCGGCGGGUUUAGCAGAGCUCCUCCUCCUCCUCCUACUACCAGUGCAGGAGCGGCGCCACAGAGAACAACGCAUCCCAGCGAUGAGCUGGAUUGA